ACAUGGAUGAUGGUUUAAUGGCAGUAAAUAAUUUAGUGACCUUCAGAUAAAUCUAACAUAACGAAUUAUGGUGAGCCAGCAUGAUUGUCAAAAAUAACCAUCUUGUUCCAACCAAAAUCUUAAAUCCAUAAAAAGUCUAACUUCCGUUACAAUUGCACGUUAAUAAAAGAUAUCUUGGGCAACCACCCUUUUCUGAACUCUCGUCUAAUUUUACAGCAUUCCUAACAGUUCAUUUUAAAAGUCAAACUUUUAAUGAUGUUGGAAAUAAAAACAGUUUCAUGGUUAUUGCUGGUAUAUUUAGCAUUCUUAGUUUGCGUUAACGCUGAUCUUGAAUGCAAAGAAGAUAUAUUCAAAGAGGUAAAAGAUAAUGUUGACUGCGGCUACUUUACUAGCAUCUGCAUAAGAAAGUGUCAAACUUAUCAGGGAUACACAACAAAAUGUGCAUUUGCAACUGACUCAUUUGGUAAAAAAAUAUUUAAUAAAAAUGGCUGCUCGUGUGUAUGCAAAGGAAAUUCAAACUCAGUAAUAACGCCUAUCGGCCAUACACUUCCGCCAGUUCAAACAAUUUCUCCGGUUCAAACUUUUGCAUCAUUAAACGCUUUUAGAAACACUAUAUUAGUAAUUCAUAACAAUUAUCGAAAAAUGCAUGGGGUGCCAUAUUUGAAAUUAAAUCAGGAAUUGAAUUUUUAUGCUCAACAGCGGGCGGAAAUGUGGGCGCAAAUGGGCAUGUUAAUGAAAAAUCCAUUUGGUCCAGCAGAAAAUCCUUACUGGGCAUAUAAUACUGCACCUCCAAAUGGUGAAGAUGCUGUUAAAGUAUGGUAUAAUGAAAUUAAGGACUGGAACUUCAAAGCUAAUUCUGAGACACAAGCAAGUCCUAAAACGGAACAUUUUACACAGGUGAUUUGGAAAUCAACGUCAGAACUUGGUGUUGGUCGUGCCUAUAAUUUAAAUACUGUCUAUGUUGUAUGUAGUUAUUAUAACGGCGGAAACAUUUUUGGACAAUACGGAAGCAACGUGAUGCCACGCCUAGCCUAAAUUUGAACAUUAAAAUUUGUGGGUUUAUGUUUUGUUGUGUUUAGCUUUAUUUAUGAACAACAUUUAUUUUAACUAUAUUUGAAAUACUGUUUAUAUACAAAAAAAAAAUUUUUGAUAUGUUAUCUCAUUUUAUAUAUAAUUUUGAAGACAUCGCAUCACUAUGGAAAUUUUUUAUAAAAUUUGGAAGAGACGACGCACAGUCGAGAACGGUACAACAACACAUAUCAAAAAUGAUUUAAUAAUUUUGCUUUUGACAUUUUUUUUUGAAUUUUAUUUAAUAACUUAAUAGUUAAUAUUUUCUAUAUUGAAGCAAUUUUGCAUAAUUUAUGUAAGAAGAGAAAUUUUGAAACCGUAGUUUUUAAAAUAUAUUUGCAGAUGUUUAUUUCAAA